AACGAGAGCCGACGUAGUAUAGAAGGUUCCUGGCUAGGACCUCGGCAUCAUUCCGUCUUAGGGGUCCAGGAGAACAGGUUGGCCAACUAGUUUCGCAAGUCGCGUCACAAGAUGUUACUGUGGUGGAUGCUGCUCAUAUGCGUCCAUUUAGUGUCGGGAACUGGCAAAAGUGCCCCACCAGAGCUGCCAUAUGAUGAGGCUCCAGACCCAGUUCUUUCUUUUAUGGAACGGACAUACACGACUGGUAGAGCUAGAGCUGCCUUCGAAGCCGGGUCGCCAUUACUUCUCACGCCCUUCAUUGAGGAGAAGAAACUGAAAGAAGCCAGAGAAGCAGCUUAUGUUGAUCCCGACUACUUACUCCCUGAUAUGGACAGCUAUGCUGGAUACUUGACAGUCAAUAAGGAGUACAAUGCAAACCUCUGGUUCUGGUACUUCCCAGUGUCGGACAAUCCAGUAGAAGAAACUCCGCUGAUCCUAUGGCUACAGGGUGGUCCUGGCGCGUCCUCAUUAUACGGACUAUUCACAGAAAUAGGACCUUUUGUAGUGACUGAUGAUCACAAUUUAGAAGAAAUCAAAUAUUCCUGGGGCAAGAACCAUUCGCUUUUGUUUAUUGACAACCCGGUGGGUACCGGAUUUAGUUUUACAGACGACGACCGCGGAUACGCCACUAAUCAAACUACGGUCGGCGAGAACCUCUACGCAGGAUUGCAGCAGUUCAUGACGAUAUUUCCGGAAUUGCGUAAAGUGCCACUGAUAAUAGCCGGCGAAUCUUAUGCAGGGAAACACAUACCCUCAUUGGGAGUACAAAUAUUAUGGCAUAGGGACGAAGAUGAGCCCAUAAAUCUUCAGGGUCUUGCAAUUGGAAACGGCUUCAAUGAUCCCCUGUCACUGCAGAGGUACAGUUAUUUCGCGCGGGAGGUAGGAUUAGUGGAUGAUAGAGUUGCUGACACAAUGAAGGACCUAGAAGCAGCUGUCACCCAGUUCAUCAAGGAGGGAGAGAUGGUGAAAGCUUAUGCGUACUACAAUUACUUACUGCAAGUCUUCCUAUCAGAAUCUCGUCUCUCUAACUUAUAUAAUUAUCUCGAUGACGAUAUAAGUUUGGAGGGGGCUUACAUGGACUACCUGCAGACAGCAGACGUUCGUCGUGCAUUGCACGUAGGCAACACAAACUUCACCUCUAUAGGUGUUGUCUAUAGAAAGCUUGUACCUGAUUUCAUGAGAAGCGCUAAGAUGUGGCUCGAAGAACUCCUUGAAAAUUAUAGGGUUAUGCUUUACAAUGGCCAUUUGGAUAUAAUUGUUGCAUAUCAUCCGUCGGUUAAUUCUUACAAUUCACUCGAGUUCUCUGGUACAUCUGAUUUUAAAGCAGCAAAGCGGUUGCCUUGGUAUCAUGACAAGAAAGUUGCAGGGUAUUAUAAAGUGGCGGGCAACUUGACAGAAGUAAUGGUCCGUGGUGCUGGCCAUAUGGUGCCCGCUAACCAACCCGCAGCCAGUCUGGGACUGAUCACUGCCUUCGCGCGCGGUAUCACUCUGGAAGAGGACACCGGGUCGCUGGUUAACGUGGAAAAAAAGUCGCUGCGACGUCGUCAAUUGCAAUUAAAAUAGUUAAAUUGUCCUUUGUAAUAACAUAUUAUUAUAUAUUUGUGCAAUUUUUCUUACGAUAAACUAUUUUUUGUACCUAAUUAGGAAUAAAGUAUCUACCUAUUUCCUAAAAUAAGAUUAUUAUUUAACAUUAUAAACAGAUAGGUACCUAGAUUAUGUUAGCUAAUUUUAGGGACAGGAGGAGUUUUUAGCGAAAAGGUGUUUUUAAUUUCUUUUUGUUGUAAAUACAAUACUUUAUAGAUAUUAUAUAUGCUUCUCAAGUUAUAAUAAACAGCUUAAAUGAAAGGGUAGAAUUACCUCAGUGCUAAUAGUGUAAUACAUCAGAUCGAUCCCCUGAUGGGCUAACUGACCAACUUCCCUGGUUCAAACUUUUUCAAAUGCAAACAGACAGUAAGUUCGCGUCAUGUGAUCGUGAAGUGCGGAUUUUCGUUUACGGCCAUACUGAUUUCAUAAGUGCAUAAGUAAGUGUUUUAUGGCGCUAAGUCUAAAAUUUUAACGCUUAUUUAAUUAUUAAGUAUACUUUUCUAAUAAUAAAACUAUUCUAUUUUAUGGUAAUGCAAUUAAUUUUUAACAAUUGCGCAUGAUUCUUUUUAAUUUCUAAUUAAUUACAAAACAACCGGUUGGGGGUUAUACCGCUCACCUGAGCGCCAUUACCCCUUUGUCGUAUUUUUUUUAUUGUUAUAUUAACAAUAAAAAAAAUAAGUCACAAAGAGGUAAUGGCUCUCAGAUGAGCUGAUGCUAAGAAAACAUCAAAGGAUCGCCGCUAAAGUUGUUAGACCGAAAAGACCGAAAAAGACCUUCAAUCUGCUAAAACUAUGAUUAAAAUAAGUUUGUCCAAAAGAAAGAAAUAAAAACAUGAUACAAAAAUCUUUAAAGAAAAAUUUACAUGAAAAUUCUUCAGAUAGUGAAGAUAAAGAGCACCUUUGCGACGAUGACAGUGAAGACAAAAAGAAUGUGGAUGACAUAAAUUAUAGUAAAUGUAUUAUUUAACAGGAAUUUGGAAAAAAUAUGAAUUCUGGUAUCGCUGCACCAUCUGCGGACUAUGGGCUCAUGCUACAUGUUCAGGGUGGGAUUCGCAGAUAGAUACAUAUCUAUGUGAUUUAUGUAUGCAAGGAUAAAAUAUUUUUAUUUCUAAUUUAUCUUACCUCUAAUAUUUAUUAUUAUUUUAUAUUAUAUUACAAUAAUUGAAGUAUAUUUGACAUCUAAGCCUGUACUAUAUUUAUUCAAUUGAAAAAGGCAAAUUUUACGUAGAAAUCGGAAUUGGGGAUUGUAGAUUUUACUUUUAUUAUACAAGAUUGAUCUUAUGAAUAUUUCUUUAAUGAUUAUAUUUUACUGGUUAUUAGACAUUACCCCGUACCUAUCUUGAGCGGCAUUACCCAUAGUCAGGGGCAAUGCCGCUAAAACAUGUUUUUUUAAAUAAUGUCUUCCUACUACUAGUAGAAUAAAGUUACAUGCUUUUGUUGUUAAAUUGUUGGUUACUCGAUAAUUAAAGACUUUGUUACUUUUCUUAAUUUUGAUUUGCAAUAAAUAAUUUAUAAAAUA